AUCUCCGCCCCUUUUCUGACAGUUAGACCCCGCGCGCCGGUCAACGUGAUCUAAGCGCUCAGUGUCCUUGAGACGGUUUAGUUUGCUGAGUAGAGCAGCGCAGAGCAGAGCGAGGGCAUGUUGGGUUCCAGCUCCGGGGCGCGAGAGUGGGUUGCCACUGCCACAUUGACAGUUGGUGUUGCUGCUGCAGGAUAUUUGGUGUACAAAGCUAUUUUCUGCAAAGAUAAAUCCUGCAAGUCUAUGGUAAACAUUGACAUCCAGAAAGAUAAUCCAAAGGUGGUCCAUGCUUUUGAUAUGGAAGAUUUGGGUGACAAAGCUGUCUACUGUCGUUGCUGGAGAUCGAAAAAGUUUCCAUUUUGUGAUGGUGCACACACAAAGCACAAUGAGGAAACUGGUGAUAAUGUGGGCCCCCUGAUCAUCAAGAAAAAGGAAUCGUAAUUGAGGAUUUGAAGGCCAGCAACUGUCAGAAUUAUUAGUGUUAGCUAUUCACAACAUUAAAAAUAAAACCAAAAUUGGUCUUAAAGUGAACUUGUCAGCUUUUUACAAACAACUUUGUUUAUUCAAUACAUCUACAAAACUAUUUCUUGUGUGAAUCGUUUUUCCUGAUAGUAAAUUCAUGAUGUCCUUAAACUUCUAUUCUUGUCUGUGAGGCUAAUGUAAUUCAUAUGGCCAUGUAUUGAAUUCAAAUUGGAUAUUUUACACUGGUCUAAACCAAUACUGAUUAAAAUGGAUGUGCUGUAAAAUCAAUAUACUUUCUGUGCCUUCAACGCAUGCUAAUCUAUACAGGUUAAGCAUAAUUGUCUUUUCCUUCCCUACUUUUGGAAUACCCACAAAUAUCUGGAGAAAAUCUGAUGGACACAUGUUAUAGUUUUGUGAUAUCAAAUGAAUCACGAAUGUGUGAAGAGUGACUAAACCCUUCUCUUUACCAAUGGAAGACCACCUCUUGUAUUUGUCAUAUGCCUUAAGUGUUUAAAAUCUUUCGGUGUUAGCAGUUCUGACAAUUGUUACGUUUGAGGCCUCCUUUACAUAUUGAUUACAUAUCACGCUGUACAUUUGUAUCUUAAUAGGUUCAUAUCUGUGUUUUGAUUUUUAUUUCUCCUCUGUGAGCUACCUAUAAUGACAAUGGAAUGUAAAGUGGAUGCAUAGGCAUUAAAUUAUUUAUAAAAUCAUA